AUGGGCAAACUCGAUGGAAAGAUCGCUCUCGUUACGGGUGGCUCAAGUGGCAUUGGUUUUGCCACUGCUCAGCGAUUCGUCGCCGAAGGCGCAGCACAUGUCUUCAUUACCGGACGACGCCAAGAAGCGCUCAAUGAAGCCGUGAAAAAACUUGGGAGCAAGAAUGUGACCGCGGUACAAGGAGACACUUCUAGUCUGGACGACCUCGACAAGCUGUACAGCGUGAUUAAGAAGGAAAAGGGCCAUUUAGACAUUCUCUUCGCCAAUGCUGGUGGAGGUGAGUUUGCACCGCUAGGCUCGAUCACCGAAAAGCAUUUUGACGACAUAUUCAAUGCCAAUGCGAAAGGAGUAUUAUUCACUGUUCAAAAAGCAUUGCCGAUAUUUACCGAUGGCGGAUCAAUCAUCCUCAACGCAUCUAUCGUUUCCGUCAAAGCAAAUCCAGGAUUUAGUGUGUACAGUGCGACAAAGGCGGCUGUUCGCUCUUUCGCACGAUGUUGGACGGUCGACUUGAAAGAGCGCAAGAUCCGAGUCAAUGCUUUGAGUCCGGGACCAAUCGACACAGAAGGAUUACAAGGUCUCGGCAACAGCGAAGAGGAGAAAAAAGGAUUCCUUGACGCUAUGAAAGCUAGUACGGUGAUGGGCCGCCUUGGUACGCCUGAUGAAAUUGCCAAAGCUGCUGUCUUUCUCGCGUCGGACGAUAGCAGUUAUGUGACAGGAAUCGAGCUGUUCGUUGAUGGGGGAGCAGCACAGAUCUGA